AUGCCAGCUCCCAUCUCUAGCCUUGCUCGCCAGCUGCAGGGAAUUUCGGCAAAGAGAGCGCCAAUUCAAUCUCGUCACAAGGCAUCACUGCUGUUUGAUGGCCAUGAAGCUGCCGAUAUUGACAGAGAUACUAUUCUUACUGUUGGUCGUGAAGGCCUGCUGGAUCUCAUUCAAAUGAAUCCAUUGUUUGGUGCAUUUGAAAACUCUUUAUUCUCUGAUUCUCUCAAGGAUCAAGAUCGUAUGCUUUUGACAAAACCAGAGAAUGUGGUCCUUGACAGCCAGAUUGAAAGGUUUUUGCGUAUGCUCUCACCAUACUUUUUGCGCAAAGGUGCAUUCAAGGCUCUUGAAUGGUUGAUUCGUCGUUUCAAGAUAAAUGAGAUGAAUGUUGAUGCAAUUAUGGAAUGUAUUCUGCCGUACCAUGAAACCAGACAUUUUGUGCAAUUUGUGCGUUUGCUUGCCAUUCCUUCCAACUCCAUUUUCCUAUUUCUGCAAGACUCGGUACAGAAAUCAGGAGUUCAACUCGAUCGAAACCUUUUGGUUGACAAGUGCAUAAGAGAGCCAUCGCUUCUUAAAUUUCUUUUUGACAUGAUGGCCAAAUCUAGUGCCGAUGGUGUUACUAAUUCGACGCUUACCUCUUUCAUGGCAUGCAUGGUAAUUCAAUAUCUCGAUUCAAAGCCUAGCAUUAAUGACUCGGACCUUCGUAUUGUCCUUCCUUCUCUGCUAGACAUUUUACGCACUACUGAUGUCGAUCGUCGUGCUGCUGGGCAGAUGAUUUUGGCCUUUUUGUCCACAAAAGUGUGCCUUUCUUCAAAUGCAAUGACAGGCCUUUUAGAUGCUGUGACUGUCGAUGCAACCCCAGCAUUGCUGCGCUCUUCAAUUCUAUGCAUGGUAACAGUUUGCCAAAAUCAGCCAAAGCUUAAAUCUUUUCCCAAAAAUGUGUACCAACGACUGAUCCAGACAGAGUAUGUAGAUAUUUGGGUUGCUUGA